AUGUCAAAACUCAACUGUCAGCAGGAAUCCCUCGGCACUGUGGAAAAUAUGGAUCGUUUAGCUGAGGCCCCUCGUCUUGUCAUCGAUGGUACCUUCAGCACCUCGCCUAACUUGUUCACGCAGCUGGUGACUAUCCACGGACUCUAUCCUGACGGCUGGAGAAUUCCCCUCGCAUUCGGCUUACUCCCCGGAAAGACACAGGCUCAUUAUGAAGCCCUCUUGGAUGAGCUCCUUGCUUUUGGAGUCGACCCUCAAUCUGUCAUGAGUGACUACGAGAGAGCCCUGAUAAACGCUGUGGAGACAACCUGGCCCACUACUACCAAGAGAGGAUGCUUCUUCCACCACAAGCAAGCACUUUGGAGGAAGAUGCAGCAACAUGACCUAGUCCCGGAAUCCAACGCAGAGAACUCAGCAGUACGGAAGUACUUUCAGAUGAUCGGUGCUAUUGCCUUCGUGGACCUUGGAGACGUACUGGAUACCUGGACGCAGCUAAAAGCAACCCUUCCCCCGGAGAUGGAUUCCUUUGCUGACUACUACGAACGUACCUGGGUCGGAACACAAACCUCCUCCCCCCUCUACACCCACUGGAUCUGGAAUCAACGGGAUGCUGUCAUGGCCGGACUGAAGAAGGAGCAGGAUCUAACCCAAUGGAAGAUCAAUCAGAAGAUGCUCAGACAACCACCUCCUCGCCGACUGAAGAAGUGGACCGAUUACGACCGUCGCUUGAACGCUGUGAUUGAUAGCUACGAUGAUUAUGACAGAAUGGAUUAUUUGAAGUGUGUUGGAACAAUGAUUUUGAAUUGA